CGUCAUGAGGCGGCGGUCGGGGCGGGGCAGGCGGGGCCGCCCCCUGAGCUCCGUGCAGCGCGGGGCCGCCCGGCCGCCACGAGAGAUGUUCAACCGGGCUGUGAGCCGGCUCAGCAGGAAGCGGCCGCCGUCAGAGAUAAAUGACAGCGAGGGUCACCCAAGCAGCAGCCGCCAGAGCUCGAAAGGAACCUCAGAAUGGGCUACGUCACUGGAGAACCUCCUUGAAGAUCCUGAAGGAGUUAAACGCUUUAGGGUUGCUAUAUUACCUGAGUUCUUAAAGAAGGAAUUCAGUGAAGAAAACGUUCUGUUCUGGUUAGCGUGCGAGGAAUUCAAGAAAACACAGGGAAAAAAACAGAUGAGAGAAAAAGCUAAAGAAAUAUACACGACCUUCCUGUCAAAUAAAGCUUCAUCGCAAGUCAAUGUUGAAGGGCAGUCACGUCUGAAUGAGACAAUUUUGGAGACACCUCACCCUCUAAUGUUUCAGAAGCUGCAGGAUCAGAUAUUCAAUCUCAUGAAAUACGACAGCUACAGCCGCUUCUUAAAGUCUGACAUAUUCCUAAACCAUAAGAAGUCUGAGGAGCAAGAGGAGAAUUCAUCAGAACCUCAGACUGCAGCUAAAAGAGCAUCGAGAAUCUACAACACAUGAUACAGCGGAUCUCAUGAGGAGAGGCAAUAUAAUGAUGAAAUUACACUCAGGAACAGUCUAUGUUUAUAGCAGUUACAUUUAGGGCUUGAAAAGUUUAAAACCUUUUUAGGAGAUACUUACCUUCUUAAUUGCUUGAAUGACUAAUUGUUUUUGCAAGAGAGCAAGUAACCAAGCACCUAUUGAAAGACUGCUUCCUAGUUAAAAGGCUGAGCUAUUCCUCCAUAGUAUGAAUUGCAUUUAAUAUUUCAUAAGUUGAGCUUUCCAUUUCUUUUUCUUUCUUUUUUUUUUUUUUUUUUUUUCCGUGGGGCGUCACGAUGUAAAGAAACGGGAGACAGGAUGUUUUGUCAUCCAUAUGAGGUGUUUGUUGUUGUUUCUCAGUGUUUGCCUUUUGGUUCUUAUUUGUGCCUGGCUUUUACUUUCCACGUUGUUGGGAGCAGCUGUUGAGGAGUAUGUUUUCAGUUAUUUUGUGCAUGAAUCAUUCAUAGGAAACCAAAAUUGAAGGACAGCAUCUUUCAGGGAUAAGAUCAAUAGACUCCAGUCUUGCUCCUCUCUCAGAAUGUCACUUUUUCUUUCAAGGUGAUGGAGGUUUUGCUUUGCCUUUAUUUAUGAAUCAAAACAUUUUCCUGGUCGUGAUUUUCAUUUCUGUUUUUCUUCAAUUUCUACGCAAUGUUUUUGCUGUAGAUAAUCACCUCCACAGAACGGAUCUUAUCCUACAAUUGGAACCAAAGUUCUUAAUUACAUGGAAUCUCUGAGGAACUCCCAACAGCCACUGGGAAAUCUGACAGUUGAAUUCCCACUUUGGGUACGCUCAGUUCAGCACGUCCUGCAGGUCAGCUCAAGUUGUCCAUCACAUCAGUGACAGGUGCCGGUACUAGAAAGCAGGCAUGUUUUCCUAAGUCACCUCAGUCCUGCAGCGUGUGGCAGCAGUCAUUCUUCACAGGGCCAGCCAACAAACUCUGACUUGGUUUUAAAAUCUUUCUACUAAAGUCAACUUGCCAGUGUUACUAAACUGCAGUUCCAGCUGGAAAAGCAGAAAUAGCUACAAAGCUUUAUUUAUGAGUUUCAGUGUGUAUAGACUAUCUCUGUUUCACUUUCAUUAUUUACUCUUUCAUUUUUUGCACUGCUGUUCUUGAUCCUCUGUUUACAUGCUGGCUAUUCAGAUUGCAGUUGGGUUUUGAUGUAGUUUUGUCUUAUUUUUCCCCAGGAAGGUCAUAUGUGUCAUACAUCGCUGUCACUAUUAGUGGUUUUAAAACGAGGUUUGGGCUGUAGAUUUUGAUGAUACAGAUUCUUUUGGUGGACUUAAUUAUGACUUUGUUCAACUCUGAUCCAUUCUUGAAGGUUAUGUGUUUAAAAGAAAUUGGUUUCUGUGGGUUUGUCUCCUAUUUAAGAGCAGGAGUGGGACUUCCGUGUCUUCUCUCAGAGCUAAAUGGCCUGUUCAUUCUUGGAAAUGAAGUUUUUAAAGGGAAAUGAUAGAGCUCCCACCAAAUGCACGUUUUAAAAUGAAAACUCACUCAUUGCAUAAAAAUUACCUUUUAUGCUCCCAGAGGAUUUAAAAGUGAAGUCAUACUCUUGCUUCAGGCACUUUCAGUAUUGUAUGUUCUCAUGCUUAUCUUGUAUUUGAAUGUUAUGCUGAAUAGGAAUGAAGUAAAUAUGUGCAUGAAUCCUUUUGUUUUAAUGCGGCCUAGGAACUGCAACUGUCCAGUUCUGGACUUGCCAACUAUUUGUAAUCUCAGGAUCAUCUCUUUGGAAAACUGACCACACAGUGAACUCAUAUCUCCUUCCACUGCAAGGGAUGGAACUUCUGAUACAAUCAAGUUCUGCAGAGUGGGCCACUUGAACACAUUUAGGAGCUAAGAUUUGUCUGUUCCCCAGUAAUUAUGGCAGAAGUCAUUGUGAUAUAGAAAAAUGUAGGGUUGGGGGAAGUGUAGAAUGAAUUCUUACCACAUUCAUCACAGGGAUGUGCAGUAGAUUCAUUUUUAAUCAUAUUGAUUUAAAAAAAUGCACAAUUAACUGAGAAGAGUCUUUGACUACCAAGUAUUAAUAAUAAUAAAUUAAACCAGAGGUUGUAUGAACAAUGGCAGGGCAUUAAGAGAAAAACUUGUUUGUAACUGCUCAUAAACAACUCUUUCCUUGGCAAUACGCCCCCUUUCAGGUAUUGUGUUAUUUGCUUGGUAACAGCAAAUGCCCUGCAGGAGCAGACACAAAGGUGCUCUACUCUGCUGCCAGCCAAAAGCUAUGCAGAUAUGAGUGAGUGUUUUUAGCAGCACUUCAAUGCCUGUGAUGUUUAUUUCAGUGCCUCCUAUGUUUUAAAGAUAAUAAUACCUAUACUCACAUAAUUCUUAAUCUUUGUAUUCCUCUUUUGCCUCAGCAGUGCAAAGUUUGUUGCCUCAUUGUCUGUCUUUCCAGGAUUUGCAGUGUUCCAUUGUGGUAUUUUUGUUUGCAAGUAGACUUGAAGCUGCAGAAAUCAGAUUUGUACCGAUUAGAUGGACUGUAUUUCUCAUUAAGAGAACAAAUGAAGAAAAGCAGUGCAAGCAGAUCUCUGUAAUUGCAGCAUGUAUGUAUGUGUGUGCAGAAUGUUAUUGGCUUCUGAUGAUAUCAUCACUGAUCCAACAUUUCUCAGAGACGUGCAACAAAGUGCACAGAAAGUAAUAAAAAAAAGCUUCACUAUGAGUAAAUCCUGUGUGUUCCAGUAAUAACUGUAAACCUUGUGUUGAACCUCAUGCUCCGAGUAUUGAUUAUUGCUUUACGUAGAGGUCAAAGACAGGAAAGGUCUAUUCCUUUACAUAGAAUUUACACUGAAGAUGAAAGCAAACAAGAGAAGUUUCCUGCCUUAUCACAUGCCUAAAACUCUACCCUAAUGUGUGUUUCUCUGCUAAAAAUUAAAAUACUCUACAGAUACUGAA